AGCAGGAUUACGCUGAGAACAGAAACAACGGACAUAGUUGAGUACGGGCGUGGAUAUAGGUUAAAAAGCCUUUCAAAAGUGGUUUAAGUUAAUUUGUUGAUUAGUUUUAAUAAACUGUAAGAGUGUCGCCACCAACAGUUUUAUCUACACAGUAAAAAAAAAAAAAAAAAAAAAAGGCUGACCGGCAUGGCUAGCUAAGUUUAGCUGUUUAGAAUGACAGAUGUUAACGUUGGUCUCAUCUACACUGUGAACUCUUCUGAAACGUUUUCUUGUAUUGGCUGUAAUUCGCAACCAUGAAACCAGCAAAACCGUUAAUUCUUAAGACCUAUGGCAGGCAGAGGACAAAGCUGCCCGGCUGGUUUCUACCGGAAAACCGAAAGCAGGCCUUUGACAGUACCACCUCUUCUGAGGGGGAUGUCUCCAUCUUUGAACCCGCAAAACCAACUAAGACAAGUAGAAGGAAUACUGUUGCCAGUCGUAAAACGGGGCGCCUCGCUAAGAAAAAAGCCAUGACAUGUUUGACAGUGAAGAGUGUAGAAGUGGAGGAGGAGGAAGAUGAUGAGAGUGUUAUCAUUCUACCUCAGGCUGUUCAACACAGCAAGACCACCAGAGCAAAGAGGACUGGUGAUGGUAGCAACAGAGCAGUAAGACUUGCUAAGAGAAAAGCCAAGUCAGCUCUAACAGAGAGUAGUGAUGAAGAGAACAUCAGCAUGCCUCCUCCUCUCCAUCCUCAGCCUGCUCAGUGGAGCAGAACAACCAGGGAAAAGACACGUAGUGUGUCUGGUGUUAAAGGAGUCCAGCCUGCCAGGAGAAGAGCCAAGUUAUGUCUGACUGACAAGAGCAGUGAUGAGAAUGUACAUCCUCAGUUUGCUCAGCAGAGCAAGGCGACCAGCAGGGGAAAUAGGUUCAUCUCUGGAGUCUUUAAAAAGCAGAAAGACCAGAAGGUCACCAGCGAGAGUGAAGAGGAUAUGAUAUCUGCUGCAAAAUGGCACAGAAGUAAAAUUCAAAGAGACACAAAUGUUCGUGUUCCUUCUGUGGGCCGAUUUGUAACCCGUCGAAGAUGUGCAAUUUCCACCAAACCCAGACUGCCAAAAACGACUGUCAGUGUAUUGAACUCUUCAGAUGAUUUCACUUCAGGGGGAGGUACUUUUGGUAGCAGUGUGGUUGUUCGUCUAUCCAGGCAAAAGGUGCAUUCCUAUCUGGUUUCAAGUCGAGAGAACUCCAUCAAUGCUCUAGGGAGUGCCAGCUUGGCCAAGGUUCCUCUGCGAGAAAUAUCUCUAAACGAGUCAACAGACCACAGCCUGGGACCAUGUUCUCGUAAACCCAUCUUUUGUUCUACACCCUCAGCAGCCUCCCUUAGGAAAAGGCCACGCCUUACACAGUUUCCCAGUAAUGAUCAGUCCUCCAACUCUCCGUCCAUAUCUGUGAGCUGCAUUGCUCCUCUUGGCACUUUCCAAGAAGAUCUGGAUUCACUGACACCGAUGUUCUCCCCACUGCAUUCUGUACAAGUAGUAGUGGCCUCUUGUAAUGAAAAGAAACAGUCAAGCCUUGGCAAACUGCAUAAAGAGUUAGGCCUGCAUCAUCAUGAAGAACCAUCUGCCGAUUUAUUCAUGGAAAUGAAGAACACAGACGAAAGAAGUAAUUGUGGUGAAGCACCCAAAAGCCAUGAGGAAGACCUACAACCUAGGAAAGGUUGGGAAUUACCACGUCAAAGUCUGCUCUCCACAGGGAGUGACAGCAGCAGUCACUUCAUGUCAACAACAGGAGGGUUAGAGUGGCUGAUAGAGCUUCUGAAGGAGAAAUGCUUGACCCAGCAUUGUACUGUGCAGCUGGAAAGAUUAGAGUUUCUCACUGUAACUCAGCUUUGCAGUCAAACAACCUUUUCAUCCUGUUUGGGAAGUUUAAGCCCAAUCUGCAGCCCACAAACAAAGCAAGAUCCACCGUCUGUUAGUUCAGGUCACACCAUUGAGCUUCUGCAGUCUUCAGAGCCAUUGGUCAUUGUCGUUAACAGUGAUAAUUUACAUUUGGGCACUUGUUCUAAGUCUCCUGUACAUGAUGUGUUGACUGACGGACAAAGCACUGACCUUUUGUUGUCAGAUGAUUGUAAGCAGUCAGCUGAAAAUAUAUCUACAAAAGAAUCCAUGGAGACAUCAGGACUUUAUGUUGAAUCCACCUGCCACACAGAUAGCAGUGCUGACUUUGUCACUGACGUGCAAUUACCUGCUGACAGCUGUUUUCCUGUACAAGCACUGUUUACUGACCCACACGCUGAAGAGGUGGCCAAAGCCGUGAAGAAGAAGUGUCUAACUAAGAAAUGCAUACUUAACCUCAAAAAACUGUCACAAGUGCAGCUUAAACGGUUCAUGCAGCACAAAGAUGCAGCUUUGACUUGUGAUAAAUCUGUUGAACCGGAGUCAGGCAAGUCUGAAAAUGACCACACACCUGUUAGGCAGUCGAAUAAUGAUAGCAGAGCAGCAUCCCAGCUACUGUCUAAUGAGGCAGAGGGUGGAGGUGAGGUAGUGGUGCUUGAAAAGGUGUUGAGGGAGAACUGUCUGAGUGACAGACUCAGUGUUGAGAUAAAGAGAAUGUCACCAAUGGAAUUAAAAGACAUUUUGCAUCUGAGAGACCCCUCAGGAAAACUACCUGCAGAUAUGUCAGACUCAGUUACCGAUGACCAGACAAGGAAUGAGAGCGACUGCACAGCUAUCACUAAUCACUGUAGCAAAAACACAUCUAAGAAAAAGGGGAACUCAACUACUUCUGAAGACAAGACUUCUUCAGAUGAAGAUCUAUCAAAAAGCUCAGAUGACACUCAACCUCGUGAAAAAAAGAAGACGUCUCUUGGGCCUAAAGAGAAGAAAAGGAGGAGUAUAUCCACAGACCGACCAGGAACGACCAGAAAGGCCUGCAUUAGCGGUCUGAGUGUGAGUCGCUGGAAAAACAAGGAUGUUUUCAGGAGCAGGACUGCACAGCGAGGAGCCACCAAGACUGUGGACUGCAGCAUCAAUGAGCUGAUCUCCACACAGCACAGGCAGCCAAGGGAACAGUUUGGAUCUACCAUGAAUUUCUCAACCCCUGUGAAAGGAAGCAAUCUGAACCUGUCUUCACUGUUGGCUGACCUCACACCCAACACACAGACAUGGAGUCGCCUCAAAGCUGCCCUUUCUGUUCAUCGUAAAGGCAUGGUAAUACGCACUCCAAGGAGUUUACAUCUGUCAGUAGCCACCUCUACCGAAAGGAUUGGGCUUGUGGAUCUCAGCCAGGACCUUUUUGCAACCCCCCGUCGAACACCACUCCCCAAACAAUUCCAGUCACAGCUGCUGAGCAACGACUCUGAGGUUGUGUGUGAGGAUGAAGAUCUGUCGGAUGCAGAGAAGGUUUAUGCUGAGUGUGGCCAGCAGGGUCCUCUGCCAUGGGAGGAGUGUAUUCUCCCACCACGUAUGAAACAGUGUGUAAAGAUCGGGGAGGGAACUUUUGGUGAAGUCUUCUCCACCACUAAUGCCUCAGGAGACAUUGUUGCACUCAAAAUUAUUCCAGUAGAAGGGAGUGAGAGGGUGAAUGGAGAGGAUCAGAAGACCUUUGGAGAGAUUCUCCAUGAGAUUAUCAUCUCAAAGGAGCUGAGCAGCCUGAAAGAUAAGCAGCAGAAUCAGACUUGUGGCUUUAUUGGCCUCAAUGAUCUCCACUGUGUUAGAGGCUGCUACCCAUCAGAUUUCCUGAAUGCUUGGGACAUUUUUGACCAACAAAAAGGCUCGGAGAAUGACAGACCAGAUUUCUUUGAAAAGGAGCAAUUGUUUAUAAUCCUGGAGUUUGAGUUUGGAGGCAGCGACCUAGAGAACAGUAACGGAACGUUGGCGUCUUUGGGAGCGGCAAAGAGCAUCCUUCAUCAGGUCACUGCUGCUUUGGCUGUCGCCGAGCAGGAGCUUCACUUUGAACACAGGGACCUCCACUGGGGUAACGUGCUGGUCAAAACAACCAAGCAGAAGAAGGCCAGCUUCCUCCUGAACGGAACAGCACACUCCCUGGAAACCAAAGGGCUGCUCAUCCGCAUUAUUGACUACUCACUCUCCAGACUAGAAAUAGAUGAUCUGACGGUGUCCUGUGACAUCUCUAAGGAUGAGGAGCUUUUCAUGGGCCAGGGGGAUUACCAGUUUGAGAUCUACAGACUGAUGAGGCAGGAGAAUGGUAAUAACUGGAGCGACUACCAUCCCCAUUCUAACGUACUGUGGCUCCACUACCUGUGCUCCAAACUGCUUUCCAUGAAGUACCGUGGAUCCGGAGGGAGGAGUGCCAAGGACAUGCGAGAGGAGCUCACUCGUUUCUAUGACAACGUCCUCCAGUACAGUUCUGCCACUGAGGCGCUGCAGAACUGCCCCAUGUUUCAAUAGACUGAGAAUCAUGCCUGUGUUCACGACUAAUGUUCAGUAUGAUGAAGGUGAAGUGUUGGUAGUGUCGUCCUCCUCUGGUCAUCAGCCUGCGUGACCUCCGAUGUGUAAAGACACCGUUAUUGAUCCCUUUGUAACACGGUGAGAACAGUAAAGGCCACUUAUUGAAAUGUACAGAGAACGGUCAUGAACGGCAAAGGAUAGUAAAACAGCCUUUGUUUAAAUGUUUCUCUCCUGUGUCUUAAAAUUUCUUGGAUCUCAUUUAUACCUGUUCUUUUGUAGCUUGUGUACGGUAAUGUUUUAAGGCCAAUCAGGUCUCCAUGUUUCACGAAUGCAGAGGAAAUAUUUGUAAUAAAAUUUGAUCACAUAUUUUAACACCAUCUGAAAGUCACACUGUUGUAGUUGAGAACAGGUACAGAACAGCAGGUGGAUAAUGGAUCAGAUAAUUGACAAACAAUUCUAGUAUGUCCUGUUGCAGCACUUUAGAGUAGACAUGAUACGAUUUGAUAAGAACAAAAUCGAUAAAUUCAAAGCAAAGUUUAAUGUUGGAAUAGUUACAUUUAUCCUACUCCUUCCUAAUUUUUUACACUAGAUCUGUUGUUGCCAAAAUUAGAGUCAGGACCCAAAAUGGGUUAUGGAACCAGUUUUAUUGGGUCACUAAAUGUUAUGAGUAAAAUAAGUAAAGGUAAGAUGAGAUUAAUGGUGACAAUAAAGACAAAAAACAAUGCAUAAGACAUAAAAGAAAAUAGGAUGAAAAUGUCAGACGCAACAUGACAAAAACUGCAAGAGGAGAAUUUCAGGGACAGUGAAUGAACAGGUUAAAGUCAGCCAUGUUCAUGUAAAAUAUUCAUUUUGUCUGUUAGUGAUGAUACUAGUUAAUGUCAAGUGAUUACAUUGCAGCAAAAGCUACUGGAGAAAAAAAUCUGAUCAUGACUACAUCAGGGGUGUUGAGUCCAAACCAUAACCUAUAAACAAUGUCAACUACAGUUGACAAGUGUUUUUAUACAUAGGUCUUUUCUUUAUCUUAUUUUUAUUAUUAUACAAAAGUCUUUUUAUGUACAUAUUGUUUAUAUUAUAGAUCUUGUUGGGACUUCGAGUACUAAAUUUCGUGCCAUCUCGUGUAAAUGUGUGCUGGUAAGACAAUAAAAAUCCUUGAAUCCUUCAUUUUACUGUAAAAAAAAAAAAAAAAAGUAAAAUUAUAGGUAAAUGUUUUAAUUCACUAACUACCCUUUCACUUACUGUCCUUGAACAGAAAUGCAAUUUUACUCCUAUUCUGCCAGUUAUGAAAUGUUUUGUGUAUUUGUAGAUCCACUCAUUUGUAAAUUGUAAUGCACAUGUGUAAAUGAUAAACUGAGGCAGAAUAUUAUUAAAU